AUGUGUCUGCGAGCACGCACGGUGCCAGUAAUUCCCGGUCGUGACCCAGCGUCUAGCAAGGUCCCUGGAAGUCGAGACCGUUACGUGGAGAUCAGAAUCCAUCUCGAGGGCGAGUCAGAAUUAAGUGUUUUCUUGGAGCAAAAAAAUCACGGCACGUUGUCUGGUACUUGGCAGCCACUCGUGAGAUGUCGUGAUGCAUUGACAGCCAACAACUCGUUCUCGACUGCUCAUAGGUAG